AACAGAGUGCCUGUUCUCCAGCGAUGCCCACACACCGAGGGCCUCCCACCCAGAGAAAGGGAGCAGGCUGGCCCCGACCUGGAGGAGAGGAAGAGGGGGAUGAUGAUGGAGAAAGAGGAGAGGGUGUGUGUGCUCCCACGGGAGUGGUCUGCCAGCCUGCCCACGGCCCCAGUGGAAUGGCUGGCCCAGAAGGAUGCCAACCCUGGCAUCAUGCCCACCAUGCCCACCGCGGUGCCUGGCAGGAAACACGCAUAUGCCCUGGAACCAUGCCAGCCACUCCAGGCCGACDGCCAGGGGAAAGAGCGGGAGGAAAAUGAGAGAGAAGAGGAGAAGGAGGAGACGAUGGAUGUUCCAGCCAAAAGAGCCAGGCUAACAAACGUGGUGCUGCCGUCUGUUCCUCUGACCCCAGCGCAUCGGGACCGCCUCUCCCGGACCCCGUCCAACACCCCUGUCAGAAAACCACCCCUGCAGACCACCACCCCUGCCCUCACCCCCUUUCACUCCCUGGCCCCUGCACACCCCCACAUCACCCUCACCCCCAGCCCUCCACGGCUGUCAGACAAGAGACAGAGGCUAAAAGAACACCGCAGGACCAGCGCUUUGGGACUGGGACCCCCCCACACCGGCCCUCACCCCGACCAUGACCCCAACCCAACGGGGGACCUGGUGGCCCCCAGACUCCGUCGGCACGGCGACCAGGACAAGCCCAAGGGCAAGCGGCAGUGCAAGACUAAACACACCAGCCAGAGGGAGAGGGAGAGAGAGGGGCUGGGGCCGGGGAAUGAAGAACUGAGGGAAGAGAGGGAGAGAGAGAGGCUGGGGCCGGGGCCGGGGAAUGAAGAACUGAGGGAAGAGAGGGAGAGAGAGAGGCUGGGGCCGGGGAAUGAAGAACUGAGGGAAGAGAGGGAGAAUAAGCAGGUCAAGGAAAAGCGAUGCAGGAGAAGCGAGAGGAGGUCUUCAUCCCUUCGGAUUACUCCCACUCCUCCCCUGCCCCCCCUCUCACCCGCCCCCCAGCUCAGCCUCUGCCCAGCCCUACAGAGACCCAGGACCGACGCCCACCCUCAACCCCCCGCUGCCCACCUCUACCCCUGCCAGCCGACCCAUGCUCCCGAGGCCGCAGGCUCAUCGUCAAAAGAACGCAGGAGAGACCCUGCUCCAGAGGGCUUCCCGCCUAGGAUACGAG